AUGGGACGACUUUCGCAGAUCACGAACAGGCUGCGGGGGAAGCAUAAACCCGACGGCGCAUCCAAGGCGGCUAGCGGAGUCUCAUCUCCGCCUGCGACCCUGCCAACCGCACCAGCCUUACCGUCCGCGUCGGCGCCAGCUUCCGCUUCCGAAAUCCCCCCGGUCCCGACAAUUAUCACGCAUCCGCCUCCCGAGCAGAUCGUGCUGUCUGCUCCACAACCUCCGAACCCCACUCCCGCCUCGCCGGCCCCAACCCUCCGCCCUGCCACCACUUCCGACACGGCCUCUUCCCCAAGCCACGAUGUCGAUCCGUGGGGCCAGGCAUACAAGAUAUUCCGGGAGCGGGAGCCCGAGCUGAUGGCAGACUACGCGAAGCAUCUGGCCUCCGUGCAAGGCGACCCCCCAGCCAGCAUCGACCUUUCAGUGCCGCGGUCCGUCGAGUCAAUCGUGACGCAGCUGUUAGAAGAUCGGGAGAAGAAGCAGUGGCAAGUCUCGCUUCUGGGGAGGGAUAUAAAGAUACGAGAGCAGGCGGAGAAGUUGGCAAAGUUUCUCCUCUGGUCCGACCCGAUAGUCAAGGACGCUCUCAGCGCUCAGCCGUACGCGGCGCUGGCAUGGACCGGUGUUUCGUUGCUUCUCCCCGUAGGCUUCAAUUUAAUCGGCGACCUCCAAAUAUAUUGGCGAAUCUGCGAAGAGACCUAUCUCCAAUCCGAACAUCGACAACAUUACGAACGCCUUGUCGAACCCUUGGCCAAGGUCUAUUCGUACAUCAUCGAAUAUCAAGCCCGCGUCAUAUGCCAUCUCUCCAUAGCCCAACUCUCGCGCGCGUGGCAAAACGUGGCCGGCUGGAACGACUGGGAUAAUAAGGCAGCAGAGAUUGAUAAGUUGAGGGAAAUCAGGGAACGCUGGAACUGCCAGCUGCAAGAGAUACAACAGUCUCGGACCAUUCUCGGCGAGAUCCGGGGGAUUCUUGAAAGAGGUGGGAGGCAGACCCAGAGAAUCUACGAGGACCAGAAGGAAAGAGUUCUCCUUCAAGAUCUCGCGUCCGACUACGAAGGUUACAAAAACUUCAACCCGCGUAAGGUGGAAGGCACAUGCGAGUGGUUCUUCGACGAUGACAGAUUCCGUAAGUGGCGAGACAGCAACACGUCCAGCCUUCUCUGGGUCUCUGCCGGCCCUGGGUGUGGAAAGUCGGUCCUGUCGCGGGCUCUGAUCGACGACCAUCGGCUAUCCACGAACGUUACGACCUCGACCGUCUGCUAUUUCUUUUUCAAGGACGGAGAUGAACGCCGCAUGCACAGCACCAACGCCUUGUGUGCCAUCCUCCACCAGCUUUUCACACAGGACCCUGCCGGCGGCCUGAUCGGAAAUGCGCUGCCCAGCCAUAAGAACUACGGUGAAAAGCUGACCCAAAACUUCUCUGAGCUCUGGCGAAUCCUGCUGGAGUGUGUCAGAUCCUCGGACACUGGAGAAGUUGUUUGCAUCCUCGAUGCUCUUGAUGAAUGCGAUAAAAGUAGCCGGAAGGAAUUGAUCAACAAGCUUAAAGACUUCUACUGCCAGCCGCACCAUCUGGCCCACUCGUCUUCGAAGCUUAAGUUUCUCAUCACCAGUCGUCCAUACGACAAUUUAGAGGCUUAUUUUGGGAAUUUCCUUACGACAAAGUAUCUGCGAUUCGAUGGCGACGACAAGUCUGCCGACAUCGGCCGCGAGAUCAAUCUGGUCAUCGAUGAGCGCGUAAAUACAGUCAUGGGUAGUUUCAACGCUGAUGAUCGACGCAAGAUUUCCCAACGCCUCAAGAGCAUGGAGAACCGCACAUACCUGUGGCUUUAUCUCAUAUUCGACAUAAUCAAGGAGAACCUGAGUCGAUACGGGAAGCGGUCAAGCUUUGAGAGCCUAUUGUCUGAUAUUCCAUCCCAGGUGUCUGAAGCGUACGAAAAGAUAUUGAGCAGAAGCCAGGAUGAAGAACAAACCGAUAUACUUCUCCGAAUCACCCUCACCGCUGCACGGCCCCUAACUCUCGACGAGACGAACGUUGCGUUGACGUUAGCUUCACAGAAACAACGGUUCGCAUCAUACGCGGCCAACUUAUGCGGCCUCUUCAUCAGCGUCUACGACUCAAAGCUGUCUUUCAUUCAUCAGACAGCGAGGGAAUUCCUCACCAAUCCUCAACGACAAGGCAAGUGGGAAGGGCGCUUGAACAUGCGAAAGUCGCACAGCACGAUGUCACUGGUCUGGCUUCACUAUUUACUGCUGCCAGAUCUCGCAACACCAGCGGCCUCGAGAGAAGGCCACAAAGAGGUCGUCGAGAUGCUGCUUGAUAAGGGCGCCGGCGUCAAUACACAAAGUAGAGGGCGCUACAGCACGGCGCUCCAGGCGGCCUCGGGAGAAGGCUACAAAGAGGUCGUCGAGAUGCUGCUCGAUAAGGGCGCCGACGUUAAUGCACAAGGCGGACAUUACGGCACGGCGCUCCAGGCGGCCUCGUUCCAAGGCCACAAAGAGGUCGUACGAGAUUUUACUCGACUAUCACAUGGAAUGAUCAGAUCGUCCUUUGGCUACCGUUAUAGUACCGGUGCCGUCACAUUCUGCUAUCUCACGCUGGGCUGUCACCACAACCUGUCCCUCUUUACCACAGAUGCGACCAUUUCCCAAUUCUUUCUCACAAGUAGAAAUAUUAGAGGUAGCAACGGGGUCAUUGCCACUGGGAGCUGCGAUGGUACCAUCUCCACCUAGACUUCCAUACGAUAGUGGGUAAGCUUACUCUCCCACCCCUCCUCCUUCGCAUAUAACCGAUUUGAGAGCGAUCAGUUUCCCAGGCCGGAGAACGAAGAGGUUCCCCGUCCUUUACCCGAGGACUUUGCUAUGCGCG